CCCGCCGCUGCCGCCGCCGCUCCCGCCGCCACCAUGCCUAUGUUCGCCAUCUACACCAACGUGUGCAGGGACGCCGUGCCCGAGAGCCUGCUGGGCGAGCUCACCCAGCAGCUGGCCAAGGCCACGGGCAAGCCCGCCCAGUACAUCGCCGUGCACAUCAUACCUGACCAGAUGAUGUCCUUCGGCGGCUCCACGGACCCCUGCGCGCUCUGCAGCCUGCACAGCAUCGGCAAAAUAGGAGGGCAGCAGAACAAGAGCUACACCAAGCUCCUCUGCGACCUCCUCUCCAAGCACUUGCACGUGUCUGCAGACAGGGUCUACAUCAACUACUACGACAUGAACGCCGCCAACGUGGGCUGGAAUGGUUCCACCUUUGCGUAGAGCUCUCCGUCUGACCAAAGAGGGGGCUCCUGGACCUGCCCUUCUCCUGCCACUUAGCAGAGAUCUCCGCAUAAACGGCCCCAUGUUUUGUGCACCCUCACCCACCGAUGGCUCCUUGUGUGUCCAAUUGCUGCUUCAACAUUCCUCCAUUUUCU